GUAUUCAGGACGUUAGUACUAAUUCACUGUUUGUCAGCCACCGUGGCGAUGAUCUCAAUAAUUGUGGUAACUGGACUAUGCCAUGUCGUACUGUGCGACAUGCAGUGAAGAUGUCUAAUAAUGGAGAUCAAAUUUAUAUUGAUUAUGCAAAACGACGACCUUAUAUGGAAUGCGAAAAUGUGACACAAUCAUCAUGCUCAAUCGAAUUGACAAAAUCUGUUUCAUUUUACGGCAUCAAUGGAAGAGCUGAACUUCAGUGUAACAAACGUUGCAAGUUUUUCAUCAUAACGAGUCCAAAUUUUAAUAUAAUACGCAUCAAAUUCUUCAACUUGGUUAUAUCGGGUUCAAGUGUUGUAACCGAGAUUGACAAAGGAGCCAGAAUGGAAUUGGUAUAUCAAAAUAUGUUGGUCAAGUAUAACUACUAUGCUAUCCGCAGCAAACAUUCGACCGACUGUUCCAUUCUGAUAACCAACUCAAGUUUUCAAAAUAAUUUUAACUUUGGAAUUUACCUGCGAUGUUCUAAUCUCACUGCAUAUAUAACCGCUAGUACCUUCCAAUUUAGUCCCGUGUCCUUGACUAACAUUGCAAAUACGCCAACACGCUGGAAAAAAACGGAGAUUUUGAUUCGAGAUACGGUCUUUAAUGGUAAAAAUAUUCACACAUGUGCUUCACUGCUCGCGAUAAAGCCAUUUGCAGCUAUAUUCAAUGUUACAAUAACUGACUCAGAGUUCAAAAAUCAUUUUUCAGUUUGCAGGUCCAAACACUAUCAUCAGUUUUCUACACUAUGCAUUUCCGACCAUGACUCACGGCCCCGAAACAUAACAUACAUAUUUUUGAGAAAUCUAUUAAUCGAAAAUAACUACAAUAACGAUCCUGCACUGUUACUAAUUGCAGGUUAUCUGGACUACACAGAAGUAGAAGUUAUGAUACGGGACAGCAUUUUCAGGAAUAAUUCGUUAGCAUUUCAGGUUUCCACCAACUAUUUUGGUAGACCUUCUCACGACAAGCAUCCCACGAUAACUCAUGAGAAUAACACGUUCGUUAGUAAUAAUAUUAAUAGUCUGCUAAAACGUAGUGGUGCAGCAGCAAUUUACUUCGGUGAUGGUAAAAGCCGAGUAUUGUCAUGUCGUUUUCUUGACAACGGGGCUGGUCAAUAUUCCUACACAAGCGUGGUGAAAAUUUCCGAAAUGGCGCGAGUUACUUUUUUGAAUUCCUAUUUUGAAAACCGGCAAACUAAAGUGCUGUCCAAUCAGCUUUUUUCAUCAGGAAUUAGACCGGUUACCUUUCUUGGCGAAAAUACGUUCAAUUUAGUCGCCUUAAAGGAGAGACAGGCCGUUUUUGUUCGCAUACCAACUGCAAUGUAUUUAACGAACGGUGGAGUGAUUAUGAAGAAGAAUUUUAAGAUCUUAUGUCCGCCAGGAUACAAAUUAUACGCGCAACGACAAUGUACAGUUCUAAAGAAAGGAAUCGUAAAAUGUGACUAUAUAAAUGUCCGAUGUGAGCAGUGUCCAACAAAAACCUACACACUUGAAAGAGGCAAGUUCAUUUACAAUAAAAGCAAUGACAUCCAAUGCCAGCAAUGUCCUCGAGGAGGGGACUGUGACAGUGGACUGGUCACGGCCAAAUCGAACUUUUGGGGUUACAAAACAAAGAUGAAAGUCCAUUUUGUUCAAUGUCCACCAGGAUACUGCUGCAACGCCGAGAAUUGCGUCACCUAUGAUAGUUGCCAUGGAAACAGAUGUGGUACACUUUGUGGUCAAUGCCCAGAAGGAAUGUCCCAGAGUUUGUUCUCCACACAAUGUAUAUCAAACACAGAAUGCGCAUUCAAUUAUUUCUUCAUAAUUGGCACAAUUACAAUGCUUGUUCUAUAUCUUGUCUUCUUUCUUUACCAUAAAGAAAUUGUAAACAUACUUCGAACAAGUUUAUUUAGUAAGCGCUUGUCGUUCUCAAUGAACAGCAGAAACGAGCAAAGAAACGAUGUCAGCACCGGUGGUAAUACCACUUCACCCAGUGGGAUGAUUAAGAUAUUAUUCUACUACUAUCAAGUUUGUAAUUUGCUAAGAAGCUCCGUGGGUUUUUCUAGAAAAGGGAAAUUCAUUGAUAAUUUUGAGAAUGUUAUUUCAAGG